GCCCAGACAACCAGCCCCAACAUAAAAGACCGAGUUCAGAGGAGCCAGAAGGCAGUGUGUAGAGAGAAGGUGGCAUAGGAGCUCAGACAGCCAGGACGGCUUCAGCCUGGGAUAUCCUUCCCUCGACAUGGGUCCCCAGACCGCCCUGCCCCAGACAAUUCUGCUUCUGCUUUUACUGCACUUGUUAUCCGAGGGAGGCCAAUCUCACCCCCUGGGCAGGCCUGACCAGGCUUCGGCUCAACUGGGACUACAGGUCUCGGAGACACAGGCAGAGUACGUGACUCUAGAGCCACACCAACAGGGCAGCGUCCCCACAGAAGCCUGGAAUGCUGGGAAGACGGCCCCCAAGAGCACACUCCAGGUCUUUAGGGGGGUCCAAAUGGCCAAGGAGAAGCAAGGUUCCAGUUGCUUCGGGAAGACGAGGAUGGACCGGAUCGAUUCUGUCAGUGGCCUGGGCUGCAAGGUGCUGAGGUGGCCUUAGGAGGAAGCCCUGGCCACAGACAUCUGCUUCUGAUUCCACAAGGGCUCCAUCACCUACCUCCUGACCUUCCUGGACUGAUUUCUAUUUAUUAAUUUAUUUUGAUUUAUAUAUUUGAUUAUUUUCUACCAGAUAGCUUCCUACCUUUUAACAAAUACUUUCCACAAUGAAAUAAAAUCAACAACCUAGCACUUUCUUUGGAAACGGA